AUGACGUCGAAGAAGAUCAUCAGCAGGGUCAGCGAGUGGAGGCGCAACAUCCAGGCCACGUCUGCCGCCAACAGUCUGGACACCACCAAGAGCAGCUCCUCGCUGUGGAAGCCGAAAACAAGCAAGAGGCUUUCUCAGAUGAACGUGUCGCAGAAUAAGUUGAGCAAGGCGGACGUGAAGACGAAGUCCGGGGUGAAGCCCGUUGGCACACCCGUUAAACCUGUCGGGAGAGGUCCAAAAGAGGGUAACCUCAGCGGCGUCCAGAACUCAAAGCCUUCUCAGGUGCCAAAACGUGGCGCCGUCGUGAAGUCUGUCAGGGAGUCUCAAGCCACCAGCAAGCAAAGACCCAAGCUGGCCCAGCCUAAGAAGGUUCCAAAGGCCGAGAUACCCUUGAAGAAAUCUACUCGAGGGAAAGUCAAGGACUGGAUGGUCUCACCGGGCCUGCACCAGGAGCGUAUCGUCGAGGUCAUCUACCACAGACCGGUUGAAAAAUCUAAAGGGGAUGGCGAGAAUAUACCCGAGAAAUCCGAAGCUGCAACGGUAGAGGAUUGUCAGCCUGUAGGAGAUGACGGCGACUUGGAUGCCGACUACUCAAGUGACGAGAAUAACGAGAGUGACGGUGCUGAAGAGGUGAAUGCAACACCCGUGGAGAAGGAGGAGGGGGCUGAGAAGUGUGACGAUGGCUCGGGUGUAACUAUGGACUGCGCUGUCCCGAAGGAGGGUCAGACAGAUUCCAGGCUGCACCGGAGUCUGUUGAUGUCUCUGCUGUCUGAGGAGAUUCCCGAUGUCACGGGUCUGAUUUAUAAAUGUUUUACCGUGGCCGAGCUCGGCGAACUGUCGGCCAAGGACGUGGCUCGUCUCCUCUCGUGCCUUGACCUCGCCAAAGUAAAACUGGAGCGUGGCGAUGUUGGUGAAGCUGAAGGCUUGCUGAGCGGACAAGUCCAGAUGUCGGUGGCAAGCGAGCGGUUGGUCGGUGCUGCCACCAGCGUCUUUAAAUACAUAGGUGAGCUCAAUGGGUCCACGUGUUGUUGUUGUUGUGUUUCUGUUCACCGUUUACUUUUAGUGGUUGAAUGUAUAAUUGUGAUGAUUGUACUUACAAACCAAAGUUCAUUUCCCUUGUGGAUGUAUGCGUAUGUUUCGAUUAGCUGCAAAUGAACAAAGCUAAAAUAUCAUUUUCUUGUAAACGUUGUUCGUACUUCGCACGCGAAGAUGACCGUGGUCAAUUUAUUUUCGACUUGAGUAGCAGCCCUGACUUGAGCUGUACUUUAUUGCUCUAUUCGUCAGCCUCAGCCUCUCGUCCUUGCCUAUUUAAUCUCAUUUCAAAACUUAGUCAUGACGCCUGGACAUUAACCAGUGUGCAGCAGAUGACCAGCAGUGUGUCUCACUGUGCUCUUAAUGCGUUCAUUGUGUCAGUUUCAUACCGACGACGGGACGCUGUCUCUGUGUUUCAUGUCAGUUUUCCUUCUCUUAAAUAAGUUGCCUUUCAGGUUAAUGGGUCCCAUUUUCCGAGGAUCGAACUCUAGUCCACUAGCUUGAGAUUGACUCAGUUUAGACCGCUCGACCAUCCAGUAGAUACACACACACACAUAUAUAUAUAAAUUGUAAAUUUUACAUCCAAAAGAAUUUCUUUGUUUUUUUUUAUCAGAAAGUGGGACGAUUACCAAUGAAGGGCUCUGGGACAGGAUUCAACAAUUGGCGGGAAACGACAGCACAUUAUCGAACAUGGACGCGGACUGUUUGAAAAUACAGGUAGGACAGUUUGAAAACACAGGUAGGACAGUUUGAAAACAGAAAAAUGUGGUAUAUUUAAAAUCAUACUUUGGGAGACGAAAGGUAUCAAACAAGGUUUUAUUUAUGUUUGUGUGCUUAUAUUUUUGUAUUUAGUAAAUAACAGGUGGUGACUCUGUGAGCAAUAAGGAAAAAUUACAAAGGUCCACUUCAGAAGGCAAAUAUUUUGUUCCGGAUCUGAGCAAAUUCGUUUUGAGACUCCCCCCUCCCCCCCCCUUCCACCCCCCCCCCGGGCGUCAGUGUGUUGGAAAUAAAUAAACUUUUAAACUUUAAAAAAAAAAACAUUUGAUAAACAUAAUUCUUGUCUCACUUCAGCUGUCGGCUGUUGCACAAGAGCUGGUCCUAGCGCUGAGUAGCGUCGAUGGCUGUCCACCCACAAUCGUGAUCGAGAAAUGCCGUGAGAUCAUGGGCGUCAUGCAGCGACAGGAACAGGUCGGUCAACAUGGGACACCGCCAAACUCAUGGAAUUAAUUGUUGAAACUAUUGUUUCAUUUUAAUAGCUUUCUUUGACUUUUCCUGUUUAUUUGUUUAAUUGAAUAACACCAGGUGCAUGCAACAUGGGGCGGUUCUAAUUGCUGCGGGCGUAUCAUAUGGGUAGUUUUAUAAAGGAAACAUCUGCUUGGAAAAGGCAAAGUGCGUUAUGACCAAAGUAAGCGUGAGUGUUGUUGUUUGCCUGAGUUAGUGUGAGUGUUGUUGUUUGCCUGAGUUAGUGUGAGUGUUGUUGUUUGCCUGAGUUAGUGUGAGUGUUGUUGUUUGCCUGAGUUAGUGUGAGUGUUGUUGUUUGCCUGAGUUAGUGUGAGUGUUGUUGUUUGCCAGAGUUAGUGUGAGUGUUGCUGGUUGCUAGAGUUAGUGUGAGUGUUGCUGGUUGCUAGAGUUAUAGUGAUUAUUGCUGGCUGCUAGAGUUAGAGUGAGUGUUGAUGGUUGCUAGAGUUAGAGUAAGUGUUGCUGGUUUCUAGAGUUAGUGUGAGUGUUGCUGGUUGCUAGAGUUAGUGUGAGUGUUGCUGGUUGCUAGAGUUAGAGUGAGUUUUGCUGGUUGCUAGAGUUAGAGUGAGUGUUGCUGGUUGCUAGAGUUAGAGUGAGUGUUGCUGGUUGCUGGAGUUAGUGUGAGUGGUGCUGGUUUCCAGAGUUAGAGUGAGUGUUGCUGGUUGCUAGAGUUAGAGUGAGUGUUGCGGGUUGCUAUAGUUAGAGUGAGUUUUGCUGGUUGCUAGAGUUAGAGUGAGUGUUGCUGGUUGCUAGUUAGUGUGAGUGUUGCUGGUUGCUAGAGUUGCCUUUACUGUAGGAAACUUCCCCCCCCCCCCCAGAAAAAAAAAAAAAACGCUUCCCUAUGGGGUUUUGAUUAAAAUAUAAGAAUUUCAGGCGUAAAACUUUUCCGGUUAUAAUAAUUUCGCGAGAGAUUCGUUCAGUUCAUUCCCUUCAAACUCAGUGACGUUGAUUUUCGGGUCCGGUUCACUGUGUUAUGUUCGAGUUCGGUUCGUAGGGCCCACAGCACUCCCUUCUCUUCCCGGAUGACCUUUAGGAAUCCCUCCCCCCACACACUUUCCCAUCUUCACUGUUAAGCGUCAAAUUUGUCACGUGUUUUCUUCAUUCAAAACGCAGCCAAUCACCAAUGAUAAAACAGAAGGAGGCGGUGCUAGCGAUCAACCAAUGGCUACGCAGUAUGACGACGACUACGACGAUGACCGGGAGAAUCCAAGCGAGGAAGAUAAUGACAGCGAUGAUGACGAUACCAAGGAGGAGGAGGAGGAGGAGGACGUCAACGCUGAUACUGGUGAAGCUGAGGUCGCAUGUGAGGAGCAGAGCCAGGAGUCCGCGGAGCAAGCCCCGCCCAGUCACGAGCUGGAAGACAAGAUGGAAACCGGAUGUAGCCAGUCUUCAUCCUGGUCGUCCCUGGCUUCAAGCUUGUCCUCAAUGUCAAGGUCGACAAGGUUGUCCUCCAGGAACUCUGGUCACAAGUCGACUAACAGAAGCGGAAGUAGAGAAGAGGUUCAGACCUCUCAUCGUAGUGAUGAGUCUUCAAAGGUAUUGAUGGACGCUACUAGUCAAAUGUUUAGUUCUCUUAUGCCGGUACCUCUUUUAUAUUUAAUUUUCUUCUCUAUCUCUCUCUGUCUCUCUCUCUCUCUCUCUCUCUGUCUCUCUCUCUCUCUCUAUAUAUAUAUAUAUAUAUAUAUAUAUAUAUCUUUUUUUUUUUCCCUUUUACUUAUUUUUCUUUUUUUNGACUAACAGAAGCGGAAGUAGAGAAGAGGUUCAGACCUCUCAUCGUAGUGAUGAGUCUUCAAAGGUAUUGAUGGACGCUACUAGUCAAAUGUUUAGUUCUCUUAUGCCGGUACCUCUUUUAUAUUUUAUUUUCUUCUCUAUCUCUCUCUGUCUCUCUCUCUCUCUCUCUCUGUCUCUCUCUCUCUCUCUCUAUAUAUAUAUAUAUAUAUAUAUAUAUAUAUCCCUUUUUCUUUCCCCAUUACUUAGAUUUCUGUUUUUUCGCAAUUCAUUUAUUUCUCCAUUUCUCUUUAUAUUUUCAACUCGAUCUCACUCUACUCUGUCUAUUUCUCCCCAUCUCGAUCUCACUCUACUCUGUCUACUUCUCUUUUUGGGAAAACGUUAUCACUCUAUUCUUCUCCCCCCUCUCUCCUUGCCUGUCUCUUUCUGUCUGUGUCUUUUUUCUCUUUCCCUCUUUUAAUUUCUGUCUCCGACUCUCUCUCUUUCUCUCUCUCUCUCUCUCUCUCUCUCUCUCUGUCUCUCUCUCUGUCUCUCUCUCUGUCUCUCUCUGUCUCUCUCUGUCUGUCUCUCUGUCUCUCUCUGUCUCUCUCUGUCUGUCUCUCUCUCUGUCUCUCUCUCUCUGUCUCUCUCUCUCUCUGUCUCUCUCUCUUUCUCUCUGUCUCUCUGUAUCUGUCUCUGUCUCUCUCUCUGUCUCUCUCAGUCUAUGUCUCUAUCUGUCUCUCUCUCUGUCUCUCUCUGUCUCUCUCUGUCUCUGUCUCUCUCUGUCUCUCUCUCUGUCUCUCUCUGUCUCUCUCUGUCUCUGUCUCUCUCUCUGUCUCUCUCUCUCUGUCUCUCUCUCUAUCUCUCUCUGUCUCUCUCUCUCUCUUUCUCUCUGUUUCCCAUUUUCUCUCCCGCGCCCUCAAAUGAUAACCAUUUCAAAAAGAAAGUUUUGGUUCUAUUUUUUCUCUCCUUCGAUCCAGUCAUCCAGACAUUCCGUGGUCGCACAUGAUGAGAGGUCGCGGACAAGCUCCAGAUCCUCAAGGUCAAUCUCUGUCAAUACAAGGUCAUCCCGGAGCUCACCACGUUCCAUCAGAGCGGACACUCCUCACGAUCGACCGGCAGCAGCAACAGCAGCAGCAGUGGAAGCUGAGCCAACCAGCGUUGGAGAAGUUGGUGGAUUCGCUGACCAGCAUGGUGGUGGUGGUGGUGGUGUUGCCCAGCUCCCUAUACAAACC